ACAAAACCAAUGGGGAGCCUUGGUCUCAAACCUAUUGAUACAAAGACCCAAAUAGAUAAAAUGGGCAUGACUAAUGGCCAAAAUAACAGCAAGGUGGUGGUGGUAGAAGAGGAGCAAAAAGAGCAAGUACUGCAAUUUGAGCCAGCAAGCCCAGCUACACGCUUGUUCCAUACUAAAUCCCUCAGUUGCCACAUUAUUGCCAUCUUAGGUUGCACUACAAAGAUCAAUGUCGAUCUCAUCAAGAAGGGCCUCGAGUCCACUCUUCUCAAUCACCCUCGCUUCACCAGUAUACCGGUGGUGGAUGAAAAGAAAGGUGUAAGGAAGUGGAAGCAAACAACGGUAAAUGUGGGAAACCAUAUGGUAUGUCCAGAUUUAGACCCGAACAUGGAUUCACCAAAUGAAUUCGUAGAAAACUACACGUCAAGUCUAACAACAAUACCAAUGGACAUGACAAAGCCACUGUGGGAAGUACACAUUCUGAAUGUGAAGACAUCUGAAGCAGAAGCCACAGGGAUUCUUAAAUUGCACCAUUCUAUUGGGGAUGGCAUGUCCAUUAUUUCAUUAAUCUUAGCAUGCACUAGAAAAGCUUCAGAUCCAGAAGCAUUGCCCACUAUACCAACAAGUUCCAAAAAAGAAAGUUCUGACGAGGCUGGAUUUUUUAAGCAGUUUUGUUUUUCUGUUUGGUUUUUGUUGAUGGUGUUUUGGAAUACAUUGGUGGAUGCUAUUAUGUUUUUCGCAACCGUUUUGUUUCUUAAGGACACAGAAACUCCGAUAAAAGGAGGAGCAGGGGUUAAGCAUAAUCCUAAGAGACUUGUGCACAGGACUAUUAGCCUUGACGACAUGAAAAUAGUCAAGAAUGCCUUGAACUUGACAAUUAAUGAUGUAGUGAUGGGCAUAGCGCAAGCUGGUAUCUCAAGAUAUCUGAAUAGAAGAUAUGGCAACAAAAAUGGGAGAGGAAGCAGCAAAACAAAUAAUCUGCCCAAGAACAUUCGUCUUAGAGGAUCUAUUGUUUUCAACAUCAGACCUUCUGGUGGAAUUAAGGUUCUAGCAGAGAUGAUGGAGAAAAAAUCAAAGGCAAAAUGGGGUAAUAAAAUUGGAUAUGUGCUGACCCCAUUACCCAUUAGCUUACCUGAUAACCCCUUGGAUUAUAUUCACCAAGCUAAAGCCAUUAUCGACAAAAAGAAGCUCUCUCUUGAAUCCAGGUUCUCUUUUGCCGCUGCUAAGCUAACCCAAGAUAUAUUCGGAUCCAAUGUGGCGGCUAAGCUCACAAACAGAGUUCUAUCUCAUACCACCAUCUUAUUAUCAAACGUCGUCGGCCCUCAAGAAGAGAUCACUUUUUUCGGGCAUAAGUUAGCUUAUGCUGCUCCUACAAUUUGUGGACUCCCUCAUGCACUGAUAAUGCAUUUCCAGAGUUACUGCAACAAAAUGACUAUUUCAAUGUCUGUGGAUCCGCUUGUGAUUCCAGAUCCAUACCAGCUGUGCGAUGACUUUGAGGACUCCCUUCAGAUGUUUAAAAAUGCAGUUAUAAAAGAAAGUGCAGCAGCCGUGUAAACUUGAUAAUUGUUUGUUGGGGAGCUAGCAAUUUGUUUUACAACUUUAGAGUUCCCUAUUUGUAUAACAAAAGGCAGAUUCAUCUUCCAAGUGCUUGUACUACUAUUGAUGUAUGCAAUAUAUAUAUAUAUAUAUAUAUAUAUA